GAGCGUGCCUCGCCGAUGACAACAAAUUCGACGCGCGGCGGCGGCGGCGGCGUCCGCCUCAGUACCUGCCUCAGGCCCUGCCGCCUCCCCGCGUGCCCUCUUGCAUCCCCUCUCCGUGCCGACUAGGAUCCUCCCGGAGGCCCGCCGGGCCCGGGGCGACGGGGACUCCCUCGCGCCUGGUCCCCGCCAGGCCUAGCGCGAGCGACGCGGCGCCGGCGAUGGGGUCGCCCUGAGGGACGCCCGGCGCCGAGCGGCCAUGGAGGGGCCGUCCCGGGCUUAGGCCCCGCCGCGGACCGGGACGCCGCCGCCGCCGCCGCCGCGGCCUGGAGCCGGAGCCUGGGCCGCAGGGCCGGAGUCGCCGCCCGCAGCCCCCGCGGGCCCCGCGGCCAGCCGUCACCAUGCCUUGGCCGUUUUCGGAGUCCAUCAAGAAGAGGGCCUGUCGGUACCUUCUGCAGCGGUACCUGGGCCACUUCCUGCAGGAGAAGCUGAGCCUGGAGCAGCUCAGCCUGGACUUGUACCAGGGCACCGGCUCCCUCGCCCAGGUCCCCCUGGACAAAUGGUGUCUCAAUGAGAUCCUGGAGUCAGCAGAUGCACCUUUAGAAGUCACUGAAGGAUUCAUACAGUCAAUUUCUCUGUCAGUUCCAUGGGGCUCCUUGCUACAGGAUAAUUGCGCACUGGAAGUGAAAGGGCUAGAAAUGGUCUUCCGGCCUAGACCUCGCCUAGCAACUGGUUCUGAGCCUAUGUAUUGGUCAAGUUUCAUGACCAGCAGUAUGCAGUUGGCAAAAGAAUGUCUUAGCCAGAAAUUAACAGAUGAACAAGGAGAAGGAUCCCAGCCUUUUGAAGGACUUGAAAAGUUUGCUGAAACCAUUGAAACAGUACUAAGAAGAGUGAAAGUCACUUUUAUAGACACUGUCUUGAGGAUUGAACACGUGCCAGAAAAUUCCAAAACUGGAACUGCACUUGAAAUUCGGAUAGAAAGGACCGUGUACUGUGAUGAGGCUGCUGACGAGUCCGCGGGCGUGAACGUGCAUCAGCCUACAGCGUUUGCGCACAAGCUGCUGCAGCUCUCCGGGGUGGCCCUCUUCUGGGAUGAGUUUUCUGCGUCAGCAAAAUCCUCCCCCGUGUGUUCGACUGCACCAGUGGAAACUGAGCCAAAGCUGUCACCUAGCUGGAAUCCCAAAAUUGUCUACGAGCCGCACCCACAACUAACUAGAAAUUUACCAGAGGUGGCGCCCUCUGACCCCGUGCAGAUUGGAGGGCUGAUUGGUAGGUUGGAGUUGAGUCUCACAUUGAAACAGAAUGAAGUACUUCCUGGAGCUAAGUUGGAUAUUGAUGGACAGAUAGACUCUAUUCAUCUAUUCCUGUCACCAAGGCAGGUGCACUUGCUUUUGGAUAUGUUAGCAGCUAUUGCUGGACCAGAAAAUUCUAGCAAAAUAGGUUUAGGUAAUAAAGAUAGAAAAAACCGACCUAUGCAGCAGGAAGAUGAGUAUCGAAUUCAGAUGGAAUUAAACCGGUAUUAUUUGAGGAAAGAUUCCCUCUCCGCGGGCGUGUCUUCAGAGCAAAGUUUUUAUGAGACCGAAUCUGCUCGUACACCUUCUAGCCGGGAAGAAGAAGUUUUCUUCUCCAUGGCUGAUAUGGACAUGUCCCAUAGUCUCUCUUCUCUUCCACCCCUUGGAGACCCUCCAAAUAUGGACCUCGAGUUAUCGUUAACUAGUACAUACACAAAUACAAAUACUCCGGCAGGAUCUCCAUUAAGUGCUACUGUGCUUCAGCCCACAUGGGGAGAUUUCCUUGAUCAUCACAAAGAACAGCCAGCGAGGGGGUCAGCACCCCCAUCCGCCCUGGGUUCCCCUCCAGCUUUACAGAAAACGUCUCUCCCGUCUAGAUCUGUUUCAGUGGAUGAAUCCAGGCCCGAGCUUAUUUUUAGACUUGCUGUGGGAACCUUCUCCAUCUCCGUGCUUCAUAUCGAUCCUUUGUCUCCAUCUGAAACGUCUUUGAACCUUAAUCCAUUGACGCCUUUGGCGAUAGCUUUCUUUACAUGCAUAGAAAAGAUUGACCCAGCAAGAUUUUCAACAGAUGAUUUGAAAUCUUUCCGAGCAGUAUUUGCAGAAGCUUGCAAACACGAUCACCUUAGAUUUAUAGGUACUGGCGUCAAAGUGUCCUAUGAACAAAGACAAAGAUCAGCUUCCCGAUAUUUUAGUACUGAUAUGUCCAUUGGGCAAAUGGAACUCUUGGAGUGCCUAUUUCCAACUGAUUUUCAUUCUGUUCCUCCUCACUACACAGAGCUUUUAAUGUUCCAUUCCAAAGAGCGAACUGAUUCCCAUCCCCCUGUGUGUCUUCAGCUUCAUUAUAAGCAUUCUGAGAAUAAAGGACCCCAGGGUAAUCAAGCAAGACUUAGUUCUGUUCCUCAGAAGGCAGAAUUACAAAUUAAGUUAAAUCCGGUGUUUUGUGAGCUGGAUAUCAGUAUUGUGGACAGAUUAAAUUCCUUGCUUCAACCACAAAAACUUACUACAGUGGAAAUGAUGGCAUCUCACAUGUAUACUUCAUACAAUAAACAUAUUAGUCUGCACAAGGCUUUCACUGAAGUAUUUCUGGAUGAUUCACAUAAUCCUGCAAAUUGUCGGAUAUCAGUCCAAGUUGCCACACCGGCAUUAAAUCUUUCUGUUCGCUUUCCAAUACCUGAUCUUCGCUCUGAUCAGGAAAGAGGACCGUGGUUCAAGAAGUCACUUCAGAAGGAGAUCCUUCAGUUAGCAUUCACAGAUCUAGAAUUUAAGACUGAAUUUAUAGGAGGAUCAACCCCAGAACAGAUUAAAUUGGAACUUACCUUUAGAGAACUAGUUGGGUCCUUCCAGGAAGAUAAAGGAGAACCAUCUAUUAAGUUUUUCCAUGUGUGUAGUGGGGUAGAUGGAGAUACAGCAUCAUCAGAUGACUUCGACUGGCCACGAAUUGUACUGAAAAUAAAUCCGCCAGCUAUGCAUUCCAUUCUGGAGAGAAUAGCAGCUGAGGAAGAAGAGAAUGACGGCCGCUACCAGGAAGAAGAGGAAGGUGGUGCUCAUUCCCUGAAGGACGUUUGUGACCUGCGAAGACCAGCGCCUUCUCCCUUUUCUUCUCGCAGAGUCAUGUUUGAAAAUGAACAGAUGGUGAUGCCAGGAGACCCUGUGGAAAUGACAGAGUUUCAGGAUAAAGCAAUCAGCAAUUCUCACUAUGUGCUAGAACUUACAUUGCCCAGCAUUCAUAUAACACUACCGAACAAAGGUUUUUAUGAGAAGCUGUAUAAUAGGAUCUUUAAUGACUUGCUGCUUUGGGAGCCGACGGCUCCUUCACCGGUCGAGACAUUUGAGAAUAUUUCACAUGGCCUUUCCGUGGCCAGCCAACUGAUUAAUGCCUUCAACAAAGAUAGUUUUAGUCAAUUUAAAUCUACACUUCACUAUGAUGAGGAAAGUGGAUCUGAGGAGGAGACGUUGCAGUAUUUUUCUACUGUUGAUCCCAACUACCGGUCCCGUAGGAAAAAAAAACUAGACUCUCAGAACAAGAACUCACAAAGUUUUCUGUCUGUUCUUCUGAGCGUUAAUCAUGGAUUAAUGGCCGUGUUUACAGAAGUAAAGCAAGAUAAUGGAGAGCUGUUGGAAAAUACGCAUGGUGAAUUCUGGUUAGAGUUCAACAGUGGUUCCUUGUUUUGUGUGACAAAAUACGAAGGUUUUGAUGACAAGCACUACAUCUGCCUUCAUUCUAGCAGCUUCAGUCUGUACCACAAAGGCAUAGUGGAUGGAGCGAUUCUCCCUACAGAAACACGACUGCCCAGUUCAACCCGCCCACAUUGGUUGGAACCUACUAUUUAUUCUUCUGAAGAAGAUGGCGUCAGUAGAGCCGCUUCAGAUGGUGUUGGAGGAGAUCCUUUGAAUAUGCUCUCUGUUGCAGUUAAAAUACUGUCUGAUAAAUCAGAGUCCAACACAAAGGAAUUUCUCAUUGCUGUGGGAUUGAAAGGAGCCACACUCCAGCACAGAAUCCUUCCUUCUGGGCUUAGCUGGCACGAGCAGAUUUUAUACUUCUUGAAUAUUGCUGAUGAACCUGUCCUGGGAUAUAAUCCUCCAACUUCAUUUACAACUUUUCACGUUCAUCUCUGGAGCUGUGCACUCGAUUAUAGGCCUCUUUAUUUGCCGAUUCGAUCUCUUCUCACCGUGGAAACAUUCAGUGUCUCGAGUAGCGUGGCCUUGGAUAAAUCAUCAUCUACUCUCAGAAUAAUCAUGGAUGAAGCUGCUUUACAUUUGUCCGACAAGUGUAAUACUGUUACCAUAAAUUUGAAUAGAGAUUAUGUCCGUGUGAUGGAUAUGGGGCUUUUGGAACUAACCAUCACUGCAGUGAAAUCUGAUUCUGAUGGAGAGCAAACCGAGCCGCGCUUCGAGCUACACUGUUCCAGUGACAUCGUCCAUAUCAGAACGUGCUCGGACUCCUGUGCUGCGUUAAUGAAUCUCAUUCAAUACAUCGCAAGCUACGGGGACUUACACGGGGCUAACAAGGCGGAAACGGAGCCGGGAGCCCCUGAAAGAAAGACACAGGUAGAUUCCAGUGGUCGCUCAGCCUCACGGGGCCCAGUGCUUCCUGAAGCGGAUCAGCAGAUGUUGCGGGAUUUGAUGAGUGAUGCCAUGGAGGAGCUUGACCUGCAGCAGGCCGCCGCGUCCACACAAGCCCAGUCGAAUGGUGUUUUGAAUGAAAAAUCUCACCUUCAGGAGCCAUGUUGUUCAGACCUCUUCCUGUUUCCAGAUGAGAGCGGGAAUGUGUCCCAGGAGCCCAGCCCUGCCUACACGUCAUUCACACACCACCUGAUCAGUGAUGCAAUGACAGGUGCACCCACUGAGAAUGAUGACUUUUGCAUUCUUUUUGCACCAAGAGCAACCAUUCAGGAGAAGGAAGAAGAACCAAUUGUAAAGAUUAUGGUUGAUGAUGCAAUCGUAAUAAGAGAGAAUUAUUUUAGUCAGCCUGUUAAGAAGACCGAUACGAGCAAAGCCCCACUGCACUUUCCCAUCCCUGUCGUCCGGUAUGUGGUUAAAGAGAUCUCUGUGGUUUGGCACCUCUAUGGAGGAAAGGAUUUUGGAACAGCCCCUCCUACUUCUCCAGCUAAAAGUUAUAUCAGUCCUCACAGCUCUCCUUCUCACACACCCACGCGGCAUGGACGUAACAUGGCAUGUGGAGGCAAAGGAAGAAACCAUGACUUUUUAAUGGAAAUACAGUUAAGCAAGGUGAAGUUCCAGCACGAGGUCUACCCACCCUGCACGCCAGCGUGUGACCCCAGCCUCUCGGAGCACCCGGUGUCCCGCCAGGUGCUCACCGUGCAGGAUCUUGAAAUCCGAGACCGUCUGGCAACAUCGCAGAUGAAUAAGUUCUUGUACCUGUACUGCAGCAAAGAGCUGCCCCGGAAGGCGCAUUCUAACAUGUUGACCGUGAAAGCUUUACACGUGCGCCCGGAGUCGGGCAGGUCACCCCAGGAGUGCUGCCUCAGAGUGUCACUGACGCCCCUCCGCCUCAACAUUGACCAGGAUGCCUUGUUCUUCCUGAAGGAUUUCUUCACAAGUCUUUCUACAGAAGUAGAGCUUCUAAUGGCUCCAGAUCCAGAAGUUAAAAAGUCUCCUGGAGCUGAUGUCACCUGCACUUUGCCAAGGCAUUUAACCUCGAAGGAGCCAAAUCUAGUUCUUUCUUUCCCGGGGCCAAAGCAGCCUUCCCAGGAUGGUAGUGCCAGUUCAGUGGACGUGGCUAAUGGGGAGGAACAGAAGGAUUUCUCAGCCGAGGAAGCGCCUUUUAGUGAUCAGCCUGUGUUUUUUAGAGAAUUUAGAUUCACAUCAGAAGUUCCUAUCCGACUUGAUUAUCACGGCAAACACAUGUCAAUGGAUCAGAUAACGACUGUUUUAAAUGUUAGGCCUCUCGAUCUACACAUUAACCUGUUUUCAAUUGUAAAGGGCACGCUUGCUGGGGUCCUGAUCGGUCUGGCCCAGUUAAACUGCUCAGAACUGAAACUGAAGCGGCUUUUCUACCGGCACGGCUUGCUAGGUGUUGACAAAUUGUUUUCAUACGCGAUCACUGAAUGGCUCACGGACAUUAAGAAGAACCAGCUGCCGGGGAUCCUGGGAGGUGUUGGGCCUAUGCAUUCGCUGGUACAGUUAGUGCAAGGCCUGAAGGACUUGGUCUGGUUACCCAUAGAGCAGUACCGGAAAGACGGGCGCAUCGUCAGAGGGUUCCAGAGAGGUGCCGCCUCCUUCGGCACCUCCACAGCGAUGGCUGCUCUCGAACUCACCAACAGAAUGGUUCAGACCAUACAGGCAGCAGCAGAGACUGCUUAUGACAUGGUGUCUCCUGGGACCCUUUCUAUUGAGCCCAAGAAGAUCAAAAGGUUUCCUCACCACCGCCUCGCCCACCAGCCAGUGGACCUGCGGGAAGGUGUGGCCAAGGCCUACAGUGUUGUCAAAGAGGGACUUACAGACACGGCUCAGACUAUUUACGAGACGGCAGCCCGAGAACACGAGAGCCGAGGGGUCACCGGUGCCGUGGGCGAGGUCCUGCGCCAGAUUCCCCCCGCGGUGGUGAAGCCUCUGAUUGUUGCCACGGAAGCGACCUCCAAUGUGUUAGGUGGCAUGAGAAACCAGAUCAGACCAGACGUCCGGCAGGACGAGUCCCAGAAGUGGCGCCGUGGGGAAGACUGACGCUGGCGACACGGCCCUUCAGGAGGACAGUGCGGGUGGGAGUCAGGAGCGUGGCGGCGGCCCGCCAGCAGCUGCAGAGGGGACUCCUUUCGUUUUAUUGUGCUCAUCUCAGGAACAAAGGCACUUCCUAGUUAAAUAAUUUAAUAUCAAAAAAAACCACGCAACCAAAAACCCGUGACAUCUUAGGGCUAGUGUGGCACCCGCCUGUAGCGGUGUUAGGUGGCUGGUGUCAAAGUCCUCAAGCGUUUGCUGCCAAGUGAGUGGAAAGCUUGCUUUUAGUGAAAUGACUUCUCCUUGCUGGAGACGGGAGAUCGCUGGAAGCCUCCUCUUACAGCACCGAGCGCUCAGAAACAUUUGCACGCUUUGAAAGCCCUAUUUAUGUCGCCCUGAGGAGUCGAUUUCUCUCGAGGUUUAAAAAGAAUCACAGCUUCGAAGCUUUCAUUGAGAAUGGGAGACCGAAGCCCCCGUGAAAAGCGAGGCAAAUAGGAAUUUCAUACAAACGUCACUGGGGAAUAACUAACCUGGUCUGUCGGAGUUCAUGUCCGUGUGCUUGAGAGCGUGAUCUCCGUUUCCCCAGGAAACCGUUCCGGGGGAGUUUGAGAACAGGAAUGUGGCAGAUGUGUUCUGUUGUGUUGCACUUUAUCCUGCGUGUGCGUGCGUGUGCGUGCGUGUAGAUUAAUACAAGUCCUGUGAUACAUUCGUUAUGUGAUUUCCAGAUUUUCACAAAGCAUAAAGAGGAGUAAGACUGAAUGUUUUUGGCAAAGGAAGCUAGUAACUCGAAUGUAAUGACUUUCAUUUAUUUUAAGUGUAAAUGAAAAUGUUCAUUCUGUAAUGAACUGGGGCCCAUGUGAUUGUUUAUAUGUUCAGUUUCAAGCAGGCCUAGCGCAGGCCCAUUAGGGAUGUGUGGAGAUGGAGACUGGAAAUGAUUUCUCCUCUUGUGAUAUUAACCAAAAAUCCUCCAAAUACGCCCUAGCCAGCGAUUUCGAAGUACCGUUUCUACGUGGUUAACAAUGUACGUUUUGAUAACCUGUCAGGAAUGAAUAAAGUAUUUUUAUUUAAAGGUAAAA